CCGCCCACUGCUUGGCGGGAGACUUAAAGAGGGCUGGAGCAGCCGGGAGCCCCGUGAACUCCCCGCUCUGCAGCACAAUGUCUACUCCCGCCAAACGGCACUGCCUCAGCCCUACCAGCUCCCUGGACUCCAGCUUCCAAAAGCGCCUGAGGAAGAUUUCCAUCGAGGGAAAUAUCGCUGCUGGGAAGUCGACAUUUGUCAGGCUACUAGAGAAACACAGUGAUGAGUGGGAGAUCAUCCCUGAACCCAUUGCGAAAUGGUGCAACAUCCAGACAGCUGGAGAUGAAUAUGAGGAACUUUCAACAUCUCAGAAGAGUGGAGGAAAUCUACUUCAAAUGCUGUAUGAUAAACCCACAAGAUGGGCUUAUACAUUUCAGACUUACGCUUGCUUGAGCCGAGUAAGAGCACAAUUAAAACCCGUCUCAGCCAAGCUACAAGAAGCAGAACAUCCAGUGCAAUUUUUUGAGAGAUCCGUGUACAGUGACAGAUACAUAUUCGCUUCUAAUCUGUUUGAGUCUGGAAAUAUUAAUGAAACAGAGUGGGCUAUUUAUCAGGACUGGCACACAUGGCUUUUGAAUCAGUUUGAAUCUGAGAUAGAACUGGAUGGCAUGAUCUACCUAAGAACCACACCUCAGAAAUGCAUGGAAAGGUUACAGACAAGGGGGAGAGAAGAGGAGCAAGGAAUUGAGCUUGAAUACUUGGAAAACCUCCACUAUAAACAUGAAACCUGGCUUCAUGAAAGGACUAUGAGAGUGGAUUUUGAGAAUCUUAAAGAGAUGCCUAUUCUAGUCUUGGAUGUUAAUGAAGACUUCAAGAACGACAAGAUUAAACAGGAGUACCUGAUUGAUAAGGUCAAGUCCUUUCUGACUUCAUUAUGAUGAAAAUUAGUCAAAGUCUAAGUCCAAGAGUUACACCUAAUCAGUGUUGUGUUAGACAAUUUGCAUUAACUGAAUACGUUGCAUGUAGGCUUAUUUUAUGGCAAUUUUGAAGUGCAAAAGGUGGUUUGGCUUUUUUUUUUGUUUAACCAGUGCUGGUUUUGAAAUGAACCCACUCAGUGCUUUGAUAAUGUACUUUGUGUAGAUUUUCUGCUGUUUAAUAAAGAUUCUAAAAUAA